AAGGCGGUAGGGACGAUAGGGACGAUAGGGAGUGUAAACGUUGAGGUCUGUCGGGCUCCUCGAGGUCUGUCGGGCUUGGUGUUCUUUAAACCAUUCAUUAAUAAACCGGAAAAAUGCCGCCCGUGGAAGCACCAGUCAACGAAGAGAAGAAAAAUGUGGUGGGUUUUAUAUAUCCCCCACCGGAAGUGAGAAAUAUCGUUGACAAGACUGCUAAUUUUGUGGCACGUAAUGGACCAGAGUUUGAGGCUCGGAUUCGUCAGCAUGAGCAGAAUAAUCCCAAGUUUAACUUCCUUAAUCCUGGAGACCCGUACCAUGCGUACUACCAACACAAGGUCAAUGAUUGCCGCUCGGGUAGAACAGGAGAAAAAGAGUCUUCUGUGCCAUCAAUUGGACGAUUGCCCCAGCAGUCUGUAUCACAAGCACAGCAGCAGAAGCAACAAGAAUUGCUGCGCUCUGCUGUUUUGGAAGCAACUGCUCCCAAAGAACCUCCACCGGACUAUGAAUUCAUUGCCGACCCGCCAUCCAUCUCUUCAUUUGAUCUGGAUGUGGUACGAUUGACUGCCCAGUUUGUGGCCCGUAAUGGUCGACAGUUCUUAACAACUUUAAUGAACCGCGAACAGCGGAAUAACCAAUUUGACUUUCUGCGUCCUCAGCACUCCCUAUUCCAGUACUUUACCCGACUGCUGGAACAGUACACCAAGGUUCUCAUCCCACCCAAGGACCUUAUGAAGCGACUCACAGAAGAAGCCCAGAGUGCACAGGCCGUCGUGAAACAGGUGAGCCAACGUGUUGAGUGGGAACGUCACCAGGCCGCUGUUCGUAAACGUGAAGAAGAAGAUGCUGAACGCGAGCGGCUGGAAUAUGCUGCUAUUGAUUGGCACGACUUUACUGUAGUUGAAACCAUUGAUUACCAACCUUGGGAAGUUGGCUCAUUUCCUCCACCUACCACAGCAGCAGAGGUGGGUAGGCGUGUACUCUUACAGGAGCGCAUAGAGGAAGGUGUUGCUCCCGACACAGACAUGGUAUUGGGUAGUGACGACGAAGAAGAGCCAGAGGAAGAUCAGGGCGCUCCAGGCGACCGAGAUGAUACUCAGGUUCAAGAUAUGGAGGAAGAAAGUAGUGAGGAGGAAGACUCUGACGAUGACUCACCAGCUCCACCACAACCGCAUCAACCACAAACACAGCAGCAACAUGAGAUAAAAUUACCACAACCUCCCCUUCCUCGAGAACCACCUCAGCCAGCACCUGCACCACCAGUAGCAGGACAAGUGGUAGUUAAGGAUUAUAACCCUCGUCAGCAGCCUCGCGUACCAUCAGGUACAACAGGUGCCUCUGACCAGUACCUUGUGUCGCCCAUUACUGGAGAGCGCAUUGCACCUGACAAAGUAGGUCAGCAUUUGCGUAUCAAUAUGUUGGAUCCACGUUGGCUUGAAGAUCGUGACCGCCAGUUAGCCGAGCGAUCCAAUCAGGAUACUGUAUUUGCAACGGGGGAUUCUAUCCGUUCGUCACUGAAACAACUAGCAGAAAGACGUACCGAUAUUUUUGGUGCAGGAGAUGAGGAGACAAUUAUUGGUAAGAAGAUUGGAGAGGAGGAAAAACGCGAAGAGAAAGUUACAUGGGAUGGACACACAGGCUCCAUGGAGGCAGCUACACGUGCUGCUCGGGCCAAUAUUUCUAUUAAUGAACAGAUUCAUCAGAUUCAUAAAGUCAAAGGUCUACUCCCUGAUCAAGAAAAGGAAAAAAUUGGUCCACAGCCAAAACUACCAUCCUCCUCGGCUCCUCCCUCGAAUAUAAGUCAUUCCCGCCCUGCUCCACCACCACCCAAACCACAGCAACCUCCUGCAAAACCACAGCCACCACCUCCACCUCCUAAAUCUAUUCCACAACCAGCUCCAGCCCCACCUCCACCAAAACCUUCCGUAGUUAAUCCUUCUCAGAGUAUGAUGACUGUCAAUAUAGGUGGGCCUUUACCACCACCAAUGGCUCCCAUGGUUCCCCCGGGUGGUGGCGUAAUGGUGGUGCCUCGUCCGCCAGUCAUGAUGGCUCCUCGACCCGGUGGUUUUAUGCCUGGACCUCCUACUGCUCCUGUAGCUGGCUUUAUGACAUCACAGCCUCAACCAGCACCACCUACUGGAUCACAGCCUAGUGUUGGAGGUCCACCAAUGGGAGGCAUGGGAGGUGGACCUGAUAAGGAUGAUGAUGAAGGCCCUGCAGCCAAAAGAGCCCGAACAGAGGAGACUCUGGUGCUGGAAGUAGAAUGGGCCCGUCGUUUCAAUGGUCCUGUCAAGUUUCAGGUGGCAGUGCCAGUUGUGGCCGAUAAGCCAGAGUGGCGGUUAGCUGGACAAACUCUGACUUUGACUCUUCCUUUGACUGACCCGGUCUCUGUGGUCAAGGCUAAAGUACACGACGAAACAGGUUUACCUCCUGGUAAGCAAAAAUUGGCCCGAGAUGGUCUUUUCUUCAAAGAUUCUCAAUCACUUGCUUAUUACAAUGUUGGCCAUGGUACCACACUACAACUUCAGCUCAAGGAGCGUGGUGGUCGUAAGAAAUAAAGUAACACAAAUUUUUCAUGGCUUGGGAUUUUAUGUAUACAGUACGUAUAUAUAUAUAUAUAUAUAUCCCCCAAUAUUUUAUGGCAUCACCUGUAAUAUAUUCAUGAAAUAUAGUUUAAUAGGGUGGACACUCGUAUAAAAUUCCAUUGAAAUUCAAUUGUCCCAAGGGAUUAAAUUUGAAGUAAAUAAUAAUCUUUGAAAAUUUACAUUUGAAUUUUAUCAUGCAGUUGAAUUUGCCAGAUGUUGAACUUUAUUAAUAGCCUCCAUAAAAAAAGCUGUGUAUGAGGACAAAUUACCCAACAUAUUUCUUUAAAAUAUGAUAGUUUAAUUUUUUACUCCUUAACCAUCAUAUAUAAGUUCCAAAGCUUUGUUGGUAUAUCGCAUGGAUUAAUUUAAGUUGACAAUACAAUAUCUUAAUUUUCAAAAUAAGAAUUAAGUGUCAAUUGAAACAUCCCGAGUAUACAUUUAUGCAAUUAAAGAAUUUUUUCCUUUACUUAUCUUUUCUCUUUUAGUCUUAGAUUUUCAGUUGCACAAGACAUGGUUGGUUGUUGGUCCCAUUACAAUACAUAAAUCAGGUAGCAGGCAGAAUUCAUAUGAACACAGACCAUAAUCAAAUAGCUGUGAAUGCUUGUUAGGUUAUGUGAUGUAUGUAUACAGAUAAAACAUGAGGGACAUAACAUUAAAAGAGUUUGUUUGGUUAAGUUGAAUACAUAAUCCCAGUAACAUAUUAUACACCAACAUCUUUAUUUUGUGCACUUUCCUACCAUGAUUUUGGAGUCAGGUUAGUCUUAAUUUUCCUGGAUCCUUUCCUUUCUUCUCUAGCUCCCAUACCAGUGCUGUUGUUUCUGGUUUCACACUUGUAUGCCUUUACCAUCAGUGCAGGAAUGCUCCCAAGCUCAGUUCUUCCUUCACUAACCUACACUGUGUACAAUUCUAUCAUACUAAUCUAAUCGCCACACUCGGUCAUAACACCCGAUUUAUUUAUUUUUUUCGUGCAAGGAGACAUAACUCCCGGGUAGUAAAUUCACUCUCAUCCAGAUUUAAGGAGGAAAUAGUAUAGCCUACAGAGCACACAAAAUAUGUUAUUGCUCAUUACAAAGUAGAUUUAUGCGCUUUAUCUCCUCUCUCUUCCUGUUGGGGGUUAAAGAGUUUCAUUUAUAUUUGUGCGUGUUGUUUUAUUGUGAUUAACUUAGUUUCUGCUUCAUUUAUCUCUUUAUAAUAUCACAGUACAGUACAGGUAUUCAAAAUUUAAGUACAGAAGCCUAGGAGUAUUUCACAAAAUUAUUAUAUUGCCACUACCUAAAUUAUUACCUUUUCCUAAAUAUUGCAGAAACAACUUUUUUAAUUAACAAUCAUGGACACACUCUUCCCCAGCUACUGUAUAGUCAUGGCCUCACUCCACCAUUACUCACCCAGUCAGUUAAGAAGAGAAAGUUAAAAUUUUAGGUACAUUUCAUCUUAAGUUGUGGCUCACUGAAACGGUAAAUGAAACCAUGAUAUACAACAUCAGUCUAUAGGCUGACAUGGUAUGUGCAGGUAAUGUGACGGGAGAAUCGACAAAAUGAUGAUGAGUACGAGAAACCCAUAAAAAUAUCAGUUAUAUUUGGUUUCCAGGAAACACACAAAACCUUUGUUUUGUUUUUGUAGGUGUGCUAACUUGGGUAGACUUAUGGCCUCAGGAACAGGGUCAGUCGUAAGCCAAAUUGGUAAUACAGUACUGAAUGAAGGGGACAUAUUUUGAGGACAUUUUCCAUAGAAGAUAAAUCCUUUCUUACCUCAUGGAAUGUCCAAAAAAAGGGAAGGAAUAAGUUUUUAUAAUAUUUUUAAAAAAUUUAAUCCCAAACACAUGCACGACCACAAGGUACAUUCACCCACAAAAGUCCAGUCGCCUCUCCUCCUGAACCACGAUCCCCAAGUUUCAGACUCUUGAAUCCCGAGCAUUUAUGGACAGAAUAAUGCAUCAAUGUCUUAUGUUUCGGGUACACGAGUCUGAAUCUCGGGGCUCAUAGAGCAACAACAGAGGCGACAGGACUUGUGUGGGUGACUGUACUACGCAGUAACUCAAAAGUUUACAUCCUGGAUGAAUUCCGGACCAUUUUUUGGACCUUUUCAUGAGGUAAGAAUGUGUUUAUCUUCUGUAGUAGUUACUGCUUAAUGUGUGCAACAUUACUACUUAUACUGAAUUUUGGGGGUUUCGUACACUUCUCUUUAUUUGUCCAGUGUACCAGAACCCUGUACCUUUUUUUUUGCCUGUGUUUGGUAAGGAAAUAAACUUUUUAAGCAUUG